CUAGGCAUGGGAAAGAUCCGUGUCCUCUGCGGGAGCCUGGGCUGCAGGGUCCCUCUCCCCGUCUCCAGGCAGGGAUCCAGUUCUCACUACGCGCUGCUGGCUGGGCUGUGCUCCUGUGUAACCCUGGGCAGGUCCCAAUCCAAUCUGAGCUGCUGGAGCGAGUGUGACAGCUGGGCGGCAGAGAGUGCGGGACUCCGCAGCACUGGACGCCCCAGCGCCUGGAGAGCAGCUGGUGGUUCAGAGAGCAUUCAAAUGAGGGGGUCUGGGAGCUAACCCAGCAUUUCCUGCUGGUCAACAGAAGCGUCCAGGCAGAAGCAGCGCCAGCCCUCCGCUAAGCCAGAGGAGCCGCUCGGGUGCUGACCCCAUUUCUCCUACACAGACGCCACCGGCCCGGGGCUGGGAAAAGCAAUCCUAAUGAUGAUACACCGUGGCCACUUCAAGAAGACAAGCGCUGGCUGGGCUGCAUUGCUCUACUGAAGGAGACCUCCUUUAUGCAAACAAAUCAAAAAGAAAGAAAGAAAGAAGGCACGAGGGGGCACCCGGUCAGGGGCUGGGCACAGGGGUGGUUCCAGAGCUGGGUGUGCCCACCCCCAUGCCCUUGCUUUGUCCUUCGCGGGUGUGCAGGACUCCUAGAGUAACUCGUCACCUCUCUCCCAGGUGCUCUGCCUUCAGAGCCACAAGAUGCUCAAUUCCACGAGCUCGCCGCCGCCAGGCCUGCCCUGCUCCCGGAACACGCUCAUCACCCAGUACAUCAUCCCGGUGCUGUACCUUCUGGUCUUCCUGGCAGGGGUCCUGCUCAACGGCGUGUCGGGCUGGGUCUUCCUCUACGUGCCCAGCUCCAAGAGUUUCAUCAUCUAUCUCAAGAACAUUGUGGUCGCUGACUUUCUGAUGGGCCUGACCUUCCCCUUCAAGAUCCUGGGGGACUCGGGUCUGGCCCCCUGGCAGCUGAGCGUGUUCGUGUGCAGGGUCUCGGCCGUGGUCUUCUAUGUCAGCAUGUACGUGGGCAUCGUCUUCUUCGGGCUCAUCAGCUUCGACAGGUACUACAAAAUCGUGAAGCCCCUCCUGACCUCCUUCGUCCAGUCGGUGAGCUACAGCAAGCUGCUAUCGGUAGCCGUGUGGGCGCUCAUGCUGCUGCUGGCCGUUCCCAACAUCAUCCUGACCGACCAGCGCGUCCAGGAAGGCAUGAGGGUGCAGUGCAUGGAACUCAAGAACGAGCUAGGACGCAAGUGGCACAAGGCGUCCAACUACGUCUUCGUGGGCAUCUUCUGGCUCGUGUUCCUCCUGCUGAUUGUCUUCUACACUGCCAUCACCAGGAAGAUCUUCAAGUCCCACCUCAGCUCCAGAAGGAGAUCCAUCUCGGUCAAAAGGAAAUCCAGCCGCAACAUUUUCAGCAUCGUGCUUGUGUUCUUUGUCUGUUUUGUGCCUUACCAUGUGGCCCGGAUCCCCUACACCAUGAGUCAAACCGGAACCUACUACAGCUGCCAGGCGAAAGAGAUCCUGCUCUACGUGAAAGAAUUCACCCUGCUGCUCUCUGCUGCCAACGUGUGUCUGGACCCCGUUAUUUAUUUCUUCUUAUGCCAGCCAUUUAGGGAAAUCUUAUGUAAGAAACUGCACAUCUCAUUUCAAGCUCAGAAUGACUCAGACCCUUGCAGAAUCAAAAGGGGCAACACAAUGCAGGAAAGCACAGACACACUGUGAACUUCCGGCCCUUCCCACUAGACCAUUACAAGCUCGUGACCACCUCCAGCUGCCAGGAAAUGAGCAAGAGCAAAGAACAAGCCACUUGCUCAUCACUGGCAACAGACCCAGAAUCACCUUCCAAUACCGCCAGGACUUAUGAAGCCCCAGAGGCUCAGUACAACGAUCAAAUUCAAAUGUUUCCAAGCUUUUCUGUAACAUUAAAGGGCGUGGGAUCCCUUCUGCAGAUUUUCCUAGUACUGACCAUUAUUUUUCUUGGAAAGAAUAAUACAUAGAAUCAUUCAAUCCUAUUCCAUCAAAAUAGCAGGUUUAAAUUUAUAUUAACUAACCUGAACAGUUAAAGUAGAAUUUUAAAUUGGUAAAUAAAGAAAACAGAAAGAAAUCCAAGACAAUUCACAUAUGUGUCCUCUUUUUAUAUCAAGAAUUAAGUCAGUAAGAUAUAUGAUCCUCGUCAGCAGCAAUCUUAAAGACCAGCUUAAAAAUAGGCAGAGUUUGACAAAGUCCUGUUUGAAGUGAAAAAGUCAAAGUUUUCUCUGAUUUGAAGCAGAAAAUCACUUAGGAAAACCCCUUAUUUAUUCAAGGCAUUUCAAAGGAAAGCAGAUAUGAGUAACGCACCUGCAGUAAGAUCAUAAUUUUUUCUAAUGCAAUUUUAAGGAUAGUACAUGUAUGUUAAAUAUAUCUUAUAAAAGACCUAUUAAGCCAUUUAAUGAGCUGGAGUUCUGGUAUUAGACAAUGUCUAAGAUGACUCUACCAGCAAAGCCAGACCCAGGAGGUACUUUCAGCAACUCCCUCUGCUCCAUAGUAUGAGUGCAGAUAGGACAAUGGAAACACACACACACACACAAGAACAUGACAUAAUUCUCUUGUAGGGUGGGGUGAGAGAGUUUCUUAGAAAGCAAAUGGAUUUGAUAAAAAGAAGAUCUAGCCAAGCAUAUAGUAGUGCAUGCCUCCCAGCUACUCAGGAGGCUAAGGCAGGAGGAAUGCAAGUCAGAGGCCCACCUCCACAACUUAUCAAGACUCUGUCUCAAAAUAAAAAUCAAAGGGGCUGGGGAUGGAGCCCAGCGGUAAAGCACCCCCUGGGUUCAAGGCCAGUACUAAGGAAAUAAAUAGGGAAAAAAGGAAGAAAAUCUAAAAUAUAAAAUAAGUACUGGCAGUUGACACAUAACAUGAACAUUCACAUAUCACAUUUUCUAGAAAAAAGAUAAAUGUGAUACAUGGAGAUAUGGAAUACGGUUGCUGGUGUAACAGUUACCAAGGCACAAUUUUUUUUCUGUUAUUAACUGGCUAGAAGACAUUCAGUCCAUCCUUCAAAGAGUCUUCCCAAAGGUUUUUAGUGUUUGUAUCUCUUUCAUCCUUCACUAUACCUGUAUCAAUAAAUAAAAUUAUUUUCAAUACUGUCAA